UUGUGCAUAUUAGGAACAGUACUAAGUAGACAAUGAUUUGAUGUUCAUGUUUGUUAAUAAAAAUGUUAUUUUUGUUAGAUUCUAUAUUAUAUAUUCUAAAUUAUUUUUAUCGAAACUAGUAAUCCAUGAUGAAUCGGUCGAAGAACUCUGCGGCGCAGACUCCUGAAGCGAGAGCAAGGGACAAUCAAACGAAAUUUAUUCGCGAAGCUGUUACCAAAGUAGAGAAGAAUUUUGGGACAAUCUGUGGACAAAUGGGAGCUGUGAACAGAAGAAGCAGCAGGUUGAGAGAUAAAUUUGAUGAAAUGGCAAAGUUUAUGCUGAAUUACGCCAACACCGAGCCAGGACCAUUGAAAGUAACACUAACUCAAUUCGCGGAACAUAUCUCUGCUGUCCAGGACUACAGGCAAGCUUUGAUUGACAGAAUGGAUGGGAAGGUCAUUCAACCUUUAAGCCAAUACAAAUCUUCAUGUAAACACACUCAGACUGACCUCAACAACACAAUGAAGUCUCGUGGACGAGUCGUGCAAAAACAUAAGCAGUUGGAUUCCUACCGGAAUAAAGCACCGAGUGAUAGACAACAGAUUACUCGAGCUGAAACUGAACUUCAACGAGCUACAAUCGAUGUGGAACGCAGCACGAAGAAUCUUGAAGAAACGAUCGAUACUUUUGAGUCGAAGCGAGUCACAGAUAUUAAGAAAAUUUUGUUGGAUUUUGUUCAAAUCGAGAUGUUAUUUCACGCCAAAGCUCUCGAGAGAUUCACAAUGUGCUACAACGACUUGGAAAAGAUGAGUCUCGAUGAUCAUCUUGUGUUGUUCCGAAACUCUCUCCGUCCAACUCAAGCCCAAGUCAGACUUGAUCUCGUCCGACAGACAGCUGGAAUGGAUUUGAACGCUCAACAACAACAACAACAACCCCAGCAAUAUCAGCAAGGACCAUUAGGAGACUUAUACACGACACCCCAAAGACAAGAUACAACACCGAUGUCUCAUGAUCCAACAAGACCACAAGGGCAACACCAAGAAUAUGAAGACCAGGAAGAAUACGACGACGAGGAUGAAGAAUACACAGAAGAUGAAUACGGGAGCGAGGAGGAAGAUGAAGAAGAUGAGGAGGGGGAUUCCCCACCCCCACAACAUCAACAAAGGUUAAAACCAUGGUAAAUGCUGGACAUCGGUAGAUUUUGAUGCGAAAGUGAUGUCAUAAUACAUAAACAUGAUGUCAUAAAGCAAAAUGUGACAUCAUAAAGGAAAAUAUGAUGUCAUAAAUCAAAAUGUGACA